AUGUCUAUCUUUAGUGACAGCAAUUUGGGGUUCGACUAUAUUACAGUCGACUCAACCUUUGGCCCCGUCAAAGGAUUCAUCAACAGAGACUAUCCAAACGUCGCCCAGUUCCUCGGCAUUCCCUUCGCCGAACCGCCGAUAGGCUCGCGCCGGUGGUUGCCUCCAACGCCGAAAUCUCCGGUCGACAGCAUUGAUGCUGUAAAGUUUGGCUUCUCUUGCCCUCAGCAGCUUGGUGGCAGGCCAUCGGUCUAUAAUACGGAUGUGACUGAACAUCAGAUCCGAGACGAGACUUCUGAGGAUUGUCUCUCUCUUUGCAUUUGGGCACCCAAAAAUGCGGUCAAGGAGGGGUCCACGAAGAAGCUCCCUGUGAUAGUUUUCAUCACAGGCGGCGCAUUUCUCGUCGGCGGCUCUACGAUCCCUUAUCAGAAUCCAACGCCCUGGAUCGAGAACAGCAAACGCCACAUUGUCGUCAGCAUCAAGUCAGUAUACCGAACCUCUCGGACCAUCCCAAUCUCACCUCGGGGAUCUAUGCGCUUACACGGAUCCAGUUAUCGCCUGAACGUCUUCGGCUUCCCCAACGCCGCAGGACUCAACCCUAAUGAACGUAAUUUGGGAUUCCUAGACCAGCGUCUCGGGUUGGAAUGGGUACAUCAACACAUCGCCUCCUUCGGCGGCGACCCAUCGCGAAUGACGCACUUUGGACAAUCAGCAGGCGCCCGCAGCAUCGACUGCCACGCGUUCCUCCACCCAGACAAGCCCCUGGUGCGAAACCUCAUUCUCCAUUCCGGUUGUGCGCUCCCUCCACUUCCAGUGAGCGACCCAAAAUGUACGCACUUCAGCGCUCUCGCCAAGGCACUCGGUUUCUCGGGCGGUGAUGCUGCGGCGGAGCUGAAGUUUAUGAGACAACAGCCUCCGCAAGUUCUUCUCGAGGCUAUCCAUAACCACUGGGCCACUGAGGAGAAGCCUUUUCUGAGCUUCCGGCCUAUAGUAGACAACUUUACUCUAUUCAAUGAUUAUGAAGACAGAGCCAAGGCAGGAAACUUCAGUAAACUGGUAAGCAGGACUCGCUCACUGAUUCCGAGUUGA